AUGAACGCGGAGAACUUCGGCUCCAGCGAGCGGCUGGUGACGGCGGCCUAUGUGCGCCAGGGGGCGCAGGGCCGCCGCGCGCACGAGCUGCGCCUGCGGGCCCUGCUGGAGCAGGGAAAAUGUCCUGAAGAUGGAUGGGAUGAAAGCACCAUUGAACUGUUUCUUCAUGAACUUGCUAUAAUGGACAGCAAUAACUUUCUGGGCAACUGUGGUGUGGGUGAGAGGGAAGGAAGAGUGGCAUCAGGACUCGUUGCCCGAAGGCAUUACAGGUUGAUCCAUGGAAUUGGAAGGUCAGGUGAUAUUUCUGCAGUCCAGCCUAAAGCUGCAGGGUCUAGCCUUUUGAACAAACUUACUAAUUCGGUAGUUCUGGAUAUUAUAAAGCUGACUGGUGUCCGGACAGUGACCAAUUGCUUUGUGGUUCCUAUGGCAACUGGCAUGAGUCUAACUCUGUGUUUUUUAACAUUGCGGCACAAGAGACCAAAGGCAAAAUACAUUAUCUGGCCACGUAUAGACCAGAAAUCUUGCUUUAAAUCAAUGAUAACUGCAGGUUUUGAGCCUGUGGUGAUAGAAAAUGUAUUAGAAGGCGAUGAGCUACGGACAGACAUUGAAGCAGUGGAGGCUAAAAUCAAGGCUCUUGGUGCUGAAAAUAUUCUUUGUGUGCAUUCUACGACGUCUUGCUUUGCUCCAAGGGUACCUGAUAGGCUGGAGGAACUGGCUGUGAUUUGUGCUAAUUAUGACAUUCCCCAUAUUGUCAACAAUGCGUAUGGAGUUCAGUCUUCAAAAUGUAUGCAUCUUAUCCAGCAGGGUGCUCGAGUGGGCAGAAUAGAUGCUUUUGUUCAGAGCUUGGACAAGAAUUUUAUGGUUCCAGUAGGUGGCGCUAUCAUUGCUGGCUUCAGCGAGGCCUUCGUUCAGGAGAUCAGCAAAAUGUACCCAGGAAGAGCAUCUGCAUCUCCUUCCUUAGAUGUCCUCAUUACACUUCUGUCUCUAGGUGCCAGUGGCUACAAACAGUUACUGAAAGAAAGAAAGGAGAUGUUUUCCUAUCUUUCAAGUGAGCUGAAGAAGCUGGCAGAUAACCACAAUGAGAGACUGUUAGAUACACCACAUAAUCCCAUUUCCUUAGCCAUGUCGCUGAAGAAUCUAGAUGAAAAUAAUGAUGCUGCUGUUACUCAGCUUGGAUCUAUGCUUUUCACAAGACAAGUUUCUGGAGCAAGGGUUGUUCCCUGUGGGUCUGUACAAACAGUGAAUAACUACACUUUUAAAGGCUUUAUGUCACAUGCAAAUGACUAUCCCUGUGCUUACCUCAAUGCUGCCUCAGCAAUUGGAAUUAAAAAACAAGAUGUAGAUGUAUUCCUAAAAAGACUCGACAAGUGUUUGAAGACUUCUAGAAAAGAAGCAAAGAAAGAAAAAAGUGUAAAUGAAAUAAGUAAUUCUAAUACAGGCACAGAACAACUUGAAGACUAGAAGAUACAGAUUUAGUAACACAGGAAGAUACGCUUUUGUUCGAAGUAUGUCAGGUUUGUAUUGGGGUAGCACUGUGAAUCUGCAGUGCAGAAAAUUUACUCCUGAUCUGAAAAAAAUAACAAAAAAAAGUUGGGUGAAAUUCAGCUUUAAAGAAAGUAGGUGAUACUCUUUCCAAGACAGAGGGCCAGACACAAGUUUUUUGCAGCAUAUAAUUGUGCUUAAUAUCUGCCAAAGUAAAGCUUUACAUUCAUAAAGACCUUGAGCUAGCCUUUCAGUCUGUGGGUGACUAUUUGGACCAGUGUUCAGCAAAUCACAGAAUGCUUAUUCACCUGUUUUUGAUUAACACGAUUUUCUGUGGCAGUGAUUGAAUUCCUUCCUAGGUAUAGACCGUCCAGCAAGAAAUGUUUCACUGCUCUCAAAAUAUCUCUUGUUUCUCAUCAGCAUACUUGCCACUUUUCAUUUCUUUUCAAAGAUUUAUAUAAGUGUUGGGAUAGCCCUUACUAAAUACAACGUUAAAACUGCAUGAGGAAGUGAUAGAGUUGGAAUAGUAUUGUUUUUCAGGUGUGAAAAACACUCUAUGAACUGCAUAGAACAAAGCAGCCUUCAGUGGCAAAGACAAACCUAGAAUACCUCAUAUCCUGUCAGUACUCAGCUCUUGGAAACAUUUGCAUAGUUCAGCAACGCAAAGGAAUUUUAAUAAUGAAAGCAAGGGAUUGUGGAGUGGAGAGGUACAGUCUUUUUUUUUUUUUUUUUUUCUUUUUUCCUUCUCUUUUUUCCAUUUCGUCUUUUCUUUGAUAUGGCGAUCAGGUCAGAGACCCACUGAAAAAGAGGAAUGCCUUGUGGGAUUAAUGUAGCAGUUUCAAGAGCCAGUGAGACCUGGAGGUAUUUUGGCAUUUUUAGUCCAUUGUUCUUAAAAUUUAUAGACUUCCGUUUCUGAGGUGUCUCUUACCAUUGGCACUGUUGCUUCUGUGGCUGUGUGCUGUUGCUGAUUUGAAUUCAUUAAGCAAACAAUAGAUUCAGAGACUGUUCCUGAAACAAAGGUUCCAUAUCACGGGAGUGACAGUGCUGUAGGUUGCAAAACUUUUAGUUAAUUAUUUUUAAAUGUAAUUACUACAUUGUAUGUAGUUUUUAUGUCAUUUACUGUUCAAAGUGAGCUUAAUGUUUAAAGACAUUUUCUUUGUCUGUCUGUAAUGUAGUAAUACUUGGGACACCACAGUUAAUGAGUUCUAAAUGUCAGGAAAUAUUCUAGCUACUUUGGUGGGAUCUGAGAUAUGUAUCCUUCAGAGCCCUCUGUAAAUUGCUUAAUCAAAAUAGUGGUGCUUUUGAAAGGAUUGUCUAUCCAGCAUGUUCAAAUGAAUUGAUACACGAGGUGAUGUUAAUAUGCAGAAGUUAGUAGUAUGCUAAUCAUCAUGAAGGUGCUCUCACUUAGUGAGGUCCAUUGUAUCUUAAGCAUAAAUUGAACUGCUGCUUCUACAUUGUUAUUACUACAGUUACACAUUAGAUUGAUUAAAGCUUGUGAAGGUAUGGGUCCCCAGACUACAGUCACAGUUGUUAUUUGCUGUACAAACACAUCCUAGGAGAAAUGUAAUAUAACUUGGCCACUGAGUCCUUGAGGCUAUAAGGAGGUGUAAAUUUCUUUUCUUUCUCUCUCUUUCUUUUUUUUUUUUUCCCUUUUUUUUAAUUGAGAGCAUGCUAUACCUCAGUUUUUCCAGUCAGUAAAGCUCUUCCACAUGCUUGGGAGCCAACACUCUGCAGCUCGCUGCCUCAGUACUCAGUAUAUUGGAGCAGCCAGUGAAAACCACAAGGCCUUAAUGAUACCUUUCUUCCUGGUUUUCAAUAUUGUUGUUCUGUGCCUGAAUGAGUAUAAAUUAUUGAUUUAGAUGACUAGUCACAUAAUGCGAACAUUAUAACUGUUGUUAUGAGAGUUUAGGGAGGUGUACGGUAGCAGCUAAAAUAAGCAUUUGAUGAAUAAUAUCCUGAAACUGAAUAAAGAAAACAGCAGUUGCCUUCGCUGAAAGGAAGAAAUCUCUACCUUUUAUGUUCUCAUAAUGAAUUGUCUGCUGCAAAUAAUUCACUCACUUCUACUAUAGAUUGAACUACUUUCUCAGGUAGUGUUUUUCCUGUCUUCGAAAUGUUUCCCAUUUGAAAUCAAAGCUAAAAAUUUCAACAAAUCUCUAUAAACAAGUAUCCAGGGAAAGAAUUAAGUGGUUUGUUCUGAUUUUGACCUUUUAAACCUUUUUUUUUAAUUUAAAAACACAUUUUAAGAUGAUGGCUUUAAAUGAAAAAAAAAAAAACCCACAUUUUUAAUUUGUGUGUCAUUACAUCUCUUCACAAAUCUUAGUGAUGCCACCUGAAGUCAGGAAAUUUAAAAUAUUUUGAGAAAUGUGCCCCAUCAUGUGUAUAAACUCUUGAACUAAAUAUUUCUGUGAUGUUACUUUGGUAAGCUGGUGUACCAGUUUUCAGCUUUGUUUGCUUGCUUUGUCCCCUUAAAUGUCUUCAGUUAAUAUUAAAUUUUUAGAGACAGAAGCAUCAUAUAAUGUCAUUAUAAAUAUAAUGAAAUUUUAAGUAAUUCGAAUGGCAAUAUACUUUCAAGUAAAUGGAGAAGAAUUGGUUAUUUAGGAGAUUCAGUAGAUAAGUAUUUUUCAAGGAAGAGUAUAAAUCACUUAUUCUCUAUUCACUAAUAUCUAUAAUAAAGUAGUGAAUUAAUAUUUGAACAUA